AUGGCCGGCCAGGAAGCCUCGUCCAUUCCCCCAUCCGCAUCCCUAAUCUCCCUUCCACCCGAGAUCGUCACCCAGAUCGUACUCUUCCUCGAUAGGCAGACAGCUUGCUCCUUGGCGCGCUGCUGUCGUCUCCUCGCCGAUCACGCUACGCGCAGGAUCUGGCGCAACAUCGAUCUCACGGUCAAUCCGAAUUACGGCGGGUACCCACUCAUCCAGCCGCAUCCGAAACUCAUGGACAAUGGCGAGGCGAAUCUGGAUCAUUGGGAAUGGGCAUACGCGGAGACUGAAGCGGUGGAGGAGCGGCAUGAUGCAGGCGUGAAGGCAGAGAUGGAGGGCCUGCUGGGACGCUCAGGUCAUCAGGGCUGGGGCUGGAUACGAACCGUGAACUUCAUCACGGUUCCUUCUGCCAUACCCGCUAUAGCGGAGGUACUGGCGAAAGUCGCCCCCACCCUCAGGGAAAUGGACAUGGAGGACCCCGAUCGGCCGGCUACUGGGCUGCCCGACCCGGCGCAAGCGGAUGAAGCGCUCGGCCAUCGCAUACUCAGCCAAGGCAUACGUAUUACCUUCCCGUCGCUCACCUCCAUUCGGCUCGGCGACGGCUGCCUGCGGUUCCUCGAAUGGCUCGUGCUGCUAUGCUCGUCAGCGCCCGAACUCAUCGACCUGGACGUCUCCCUGGCGUAUGUCGGAGCAUAUCACUACCCCGGAGAUGCAAAAGCCACACGCCCCAUUUUCCCCUCCAUCGUUGCCCACACCACAAAGAUUCAGCGACUACGGCUGUCCUGUCGGGAUGAUGAACUCGUUGACCGAAGCGGCCGUCCUUUAUCAGCGAUGCGGUCUCUGAUCACCCAUAGUCCCGCCCUUCGCCUGGCUUCCUUCAAUUACGACGAGCCUUACAACGUCGGCACGCGCUUGCUGAUCGACUCGCUGCGCUCGCAGCUCCGGCUGCAAGACCUUCAUUGGUAUGCAGGGGAGGUCGGAUUUCGGAUGGAGGUGGACGAGGCGCACAGGCGAACGGGCGAGGCCGGAUUUCCUAGUCUGAAGCGGCUUGUUUUCAGCGACUGCCGAGGAUUCGACGUGUUCACCCAUAUCCCAUCGAUCCCAUCGUUGGAGAUCAUCUAUCUCAACACGGUCCCGACGGACGACGUCGUCUAUCCGGCGGUCGACUUUAACUCUACGCGCACCUUCAGUCAUGCCAUGCCGUCGUGCCUAGCCGAACGGCUGCGAAGCUGUCCGCGUCUUCACACGAUCGCCAGUGCUCCGAGCCCAGCUAUCGAUAUCGAUCUGGACUACUUUCACCGGCUCGACCUCAUGGAACAUCAGUUCGACAUCGGUACCGUGGCAUCCUUCCAGCACAAUGGUUGCGAGCUAGUCUGCCUCUGGCUGCUGACCCGAUACUCUGUGCAAGAGCUCGGGCAGUCUGCCGACUUCGGUGCGCCCGUCUCGGAUAUCCAGCUCAUCGCUUCUGCGUUGGACGGGAGUCAUCACCUCCUGGAAUUCGAAUCGGUCGAUCAAGCCAGCUGGCAGGUGUACACAGAUCUUGGCGGUAUGGCGGUACCUCUCGAGAUUAUGGACGAGAUGUCUGCCGUGCAAGGAGUGGAGGAAUGGGAAGGGAAGGGGAUUGAGGCGAGCGACGAUGCGUGGAGAGUUGUGGUGGAGUGGCGCGAAAGGGUUUUGGCAAAUCCUCCUCGCGUUGGACAUGGGCCUGAUCCUACCCAGCCGUCUGGAUAUGCGCCUAGUAGAGGCCUAAAAAGGACGGGGUCUCAAGCUGCCGAGGUCUCGGCGGGCUCCACAUCCGCAGCAACCGCUUCCCCGCGCCCGAACUGGCAGGCAUGA